AUGAUAAGUCAAGCCACUCCCGCACCUUACAACCAUCCAUCACCUUACACCAACACUCCCCUCGGCCGAACAACCACUGCCACAAGGGCGAUUCGACUCAGAGAUCCGCUUCAUAAAAAUUGUACCGGCAAACCAAGAUCAAGGCACCGCAGAAGAGAAUAUCCGGGUAACACCCGUUUAUAUACUCCGGCACAGCAACAACCUUGCAAGGGGAGGAAGGAAGGAAGGAAGGGAUCAUCAAUCAAACUCCCCACAACCCCCCCCCCGAGAUAUACAAAAUGGCUAAUCCCCCCCCCACCUCCUUUAUUCACAAAAAGCCACCACCUCCCCCCCCCCUCCCAGCACGUACGUUCCUCCCCCCGCCCCCCUGGCACCCAACUAACCGCCAGACGUAGAUAA